GCUAUUAAGUCGAUGAAAGAACUUGCAAUUCCCGCCGAUGAUAUUGCCAACAUAAUCCUAACAUCAUCUCCAUGCAUAUAACCAAACAACUCUUUUUCAGGUUGAGCCAAGGUAGAGGAUAGUCGCAGAUGCUGGCCUGUGCCGUUGAGUCGUCAUAUAGGAUGACAACAUGAAUCCGCACAACCAGCCAUACAACUACUCCCAAGGCACACCAGGUCCGCCUCAACCUCCCUGGCAAGCUCCGCCGCGAAAAUCAGGAUGGGCAGAUCCAAGAUUACAACCUCAAUCUCCUGUAUCACCUCAAAAUGCAGGCUUCCAUGAGUUUGGUCCGCCUCUGCCACCACCACCGCCUCCUCCUCCUGCGCCAGGACAACAACCGCCUGCGCAGUUCGGCACGGCCUCAUGGGGAGUUCGGUAUAACCAGACAGUAGCACCUCAGAGCCAUGAGUCGAAACCACCUCUGCCUCCUCGUCCACCCAGUGCCGCUGGCCGAGUAAGCCCGCAGCCGGACCACGCGCCUGCGCCGAAUUACCAUCAGCAACCACCGCCGCAUGUUGGCGCGUCACAACAGUAUCCUACGCCAUGGAACGAUCCCUAUCUGUCGAGGCCCUCGCCUCAAAGCUCUACAUUUCCUGCACCUACGCCUCCUCCACCUCCACCUCCACCUCCGCGUCCUGCCGCGUACGAAGCCGAGAUGCAAUCCUACCACAAUCUAGUCAAUACUCCCUUUCACGAAUACUCUCACAAGACUCCUACCCAUCAUUACGAUCCUCAACCACAGAAUGCAUGGAAUGCUCAGGCUGUCCCUCCGGGUGGGCAGGCAUACUAUCCUAGUGCACCAGCACCACAUGAGUUUACGGCAAUACAUGAUGCCCCUUUGGUCUCGCCUAUCGAGCAAAGUAAUAUGCCAUGGGGUCGGCAGGGAAAAGCGGAUACCCUCCCAACUGUCAGUAACUACCAGCGACCCCAGGAUAAUAUCACGCAUUCGCAGGUACUUGGUUUUGGUCGACCAUCAGAUUGGGAGCUUUGGCAGCCGGAAGUGCCCCCAGAACGAACACCGACAAGUCCAUACAACCCUCCGCCAGACGCUUUAGCCCAAGCUCAUGGUAGUGCUGCGCCGCCCCAAGCACACGCAAGUCUGUCGACUACCGAGACACCAAAGCCGGCUCCUGUUCAUGAGCAACCCCCUGUGGAAAUUGGCGCUGCAAGCCCGGUGACGGCUCGAAGAGGCUCACGUCAGGAUUCGCCAAAAUUCCAGGAGGAAUCGUCACGAUCGCAAAGCAACGAGACUCCUACCUCUGCGGGCCAUCAUGACGGCAGCAUGUCUGUUCGCUCGGACAGGAGCAAUAAUCCUGGGAACAUUGACAGCGUCAUCCAAGCAUGGAACACGCCUCUAAGGGUGAGGGCUAGUAAUGAGCCGUCUUCGCGACCCGAUUCUCGUACCUCCACUCGCGUAGCAUCGCCAGAACCCAGUCAGAACGUGAAGUUUGUAGAUCCAUAUGCUGAUCUGGAGCCGGAGUUCAAAGCGUCACUGAAAAGAUAUGCUGCGAUGUUGCGAAAGGAAGUCGCUGCUGAAUCUGAUGAGGAGAAGUUUGAGAUUUUCCAAUCGUUCGUGACAAAAGAGCUUCGUUUGAGAAGCCUGCUCUACGGGGUUGAAUUGAACAAGGCUGCGAAAGACGUCAAGAAAGCUGCCAGUCUUGCAGAUAUGCAGGCUGCUUUGCCCAAGUCAGUGCAGGAAGUGACUGAAGACGCCAAACCGGACACUGCAAAUCAUCCAGCGACAUCGACUUCGGCGCGGACUAUCUCACAGCAGCCCAUCACAACAGAAAGUGACAUCCAGCCACGCGGAGUUUCUGCCCCAGAGCAGCCGCCUUGCUCGAAGCCUGGCUUGUUGGCGGGUGUAGACGCAGCUACAGAGCAAGACGAAGCUUACAGUCCGGGUGGCCGUCCGAAGGCCGCCAAAACUACAGCAAUCCCUUCAGUUGUGGGUCUAACCUCGGGCAUGGUGGACAACUCUGCUAGGAAUGGCCGGUCUUUGGAAGAUGAGGAAGCCUACAGCCCUGGUGGUCGUCCUAAGGUCCCCAAAACCGCGUCAAAAGAACCCGCCAGACCGUUUCCCUCCCUCAACACAUACCCACAGAAUAGAGGUCGUGAGAAUUACCCGGUCGGUGCUCUCUCUCCUAGCAAUGAUGCACCAAUGGUUAUAGAAGACUAUGCUAUGGCGCAGCCCCCGUCUCCAGGUAUGAACGCACCGAUCAUUGUGGAACCAGAAGAACCUCGAUCCUCGUGGACUCGCUCUUCGGAAGGGCAGAAGCCUGCUGUGCCUAUUAGAUUCGAGCCUUCUCGGCCCGCAUACACACCUUUCCGCUACGGCGCAGCUACUCGAGAGGAACAAACACAACCAUUGAAGCCCGCAGACGAAGCGUACUCAUCUUUGCGGCAUUCAAUGGUGGACUCUGGUCGACUGAUGGCUCGAGAGACACUGCCCACUACACCUAGACCUUCCUCCACUACCGGUAGGAAAGAACACGACGAAGCAUUCAUCGGCCUGAUCAGAAAGCAGAGCAUGGCUGUCAGACAGAAGAGCGCUGAACCACGCGGUGCUGCUCGGCCUGGCGAUAACGCAAUUCGGGCUGACACGCCCGCGUUUAUGCGGGUUGGUACUCCUGCCAGCAUACGAGCAGAAGACCCGUCGAAACAAGCUGUGAAAGCGUUGCGGUCUCUAUUGCCGAAUAACACGUUCGAGGAGUCUGUUCAACAUCCCAAUGUGGUAGAUCUGAAGGCGAAGAUUGACGCUGUGCCCGACCAAUUCGAGUUCAUCCACGAGACUGUGAUCCGCUGGGAUCGAACAAAUCGAGAAGUACGCAAGCAACAAGAUACUGAACGAAGGACCCGGCAAGAAGAGUCAGAGGCACACCUUGAUGCUCUUUUCAAUGACAAUGAAAUUGGCUAUGCGGACAUAGGGGAUCUUGAAGCCGAGUUCAAACUGGCCGAAGCCGAGCAAAAGUAUCGUGAGAAUCAAGAAGAACUCGAGUCAUUUACUGGUCAGGUCUUUACGCCUGUGACUGAGAGGCUUCAAAAAGAGAUUAAGGACUUGAGUAAGGCUUAUGCAACGGCCAAUGACCUUCUGGAUCGAGAAAGCGAGCCAGUGAGUCGUUGCUUCAAGGGCCAGACUGCUAGGGCGAGAAUGUCUGAAGUCAUGGGUUGUGUCAUCACGCUCUUCAACAAGAUUGAAAUCAGGCAUCGAAAAUUGGCCGAAGCACAUAUGGAGCGAGAAAGGCGACGCAAACAUCUCGAACUGACAGUGCUCUACAUGAACAAUGACAAAGCCGGCAUGAAGAAAUUGGAACAAGAGUUUGCGGCAGCAGAAAAGACACAACUGCUCCACGAAGCCCGUGCUAAGGAUGAGAGAGCCAACAGAUUGAUGGACACGUUCGAUCGAGCCACUGUCCGUGGGUUAGGCGAUAAUCAGACGUUCAUUGAUGAUAUUCUGGGCAAGAUACAAGAUCUCAAGAAGGCGAUCUCGUCUGGACAAGAAGCAGUCAAAGCAACGCUGUACGAAGCCGAAGGACCCCGAGAUACACUGGCGUCGACUCAAGAUGUUGUCGGCCUUGUCAUGGCAGAUUCGCGCAAAAUGCUGGCUUUGUCAAACGAGGCGGACGUGCUCUUGAACGACUCCGACUACGGGGUCUCGGUGGCGGAGGCUCAAGUAGCCAAUGCAGACAAGGCCACAUAUAUCAGCCUCGAAAAGGAGAAGGCCAAAGAAGACACAAAGUUGGUGGAAGAAAUGAACGUCCGUAUCGCUAGCGUCACCAAGGGGCCUCAAGAUGCAGUCGACGCAAUUCGUGAGAUGAUGGAUCAGAUAGGAGACGACCCAGAGCACCAGGAUCGGAUCAAGAGGGCUCUUCAGGCAGCCAAGCAGCGCAACGCCUCGAAUGACCAGGCCCAAGCGUGAAAAUGCCCUGCGAUGUUUCGGGCGGAUGUAACAAGCGGUGUUGUUGAGAUAUCCCUGUAGUUGAGAAAUCUACAAACUUUAUCGUACUAAGCGUAGGCGGCAAGGAAUGCA